UACAGUCAAAACCUUCCCUAUCCCAAUUUCAUUUUUUCCUUGGGAUUGCUGCACUCUCUAGUUCCCAGUCUUCAGGCAUCACCUAUUUGGCCAUGGAGACCCCUAACCUCACCACACAACCCAAGGCUGAUUGGUCUAAACUUCCAAACGACCUCUUCAACAUAAUUUUGGAGAGGCUACGUCCUAUCGAUCAUAUUCGAGUCAGCUGCGUUUGCAGCCCAUGGAGAUCCAUGACCCCUAAACUCCAUUUUUGGCUCAUGCUCCCCUGCAACUACUUCCAAAACUACUUCGCGAACUACGGAACCUGCUAUGACGACAGUAGAGAUGACCCAUUCUUCCUUGGCUUGGUCAAUCUUGCGGAUCCCGAUCAUGAGCUUCACUUGCUCCGGCUUGCAGAAGCUUCCGGCAGAUUGGUCUGUGGAUACACGGCUGGAUGGCUUGUCACUUUGCGAACCCAUGGAGACAUUCACUUACUAAAUCCCUUUACAAAAGCCCACCUUCAGCUUCCUCGGCUUACUUUUGAAUCGUUCCCUGAUAUACCCAAAAUUGAUGGUUUCUUGCGCCGCGUAUUUGUAGGUAAAGUCAUCGUGGGUCUUUCCUCAGAUGGGUCAUCAUCGUCUUCUUCUUCUUCUUUUGAAACUGAUGGUGUGGUUAUGGCCAUGUGCCUCAAACCUAAGAAAUUGGCCUUUUUUAGGCUUGGGAAAGACCAGAACUGGGCAAGUUUUGAAGGCUAUAGUGGGCCUUACAAAGACAUCAUCUUUCACAAUGGUCGAUUUUAUGCCAUAAGAAAUAAGUGCCAAGUUUUUGUAGCUUCUGGCCUGGAUGGUCCUUCUCCAACACUGGAGGCGGUUAUGAGAAUUCCCUGUUAUACCAUGGAUACUAAGUACUAUCUGGUGGAGUCUUCAGGGGAUUUGUUGCUGGUUAUAAGGCAUCCUGGAUGGCUACAGCGGUGCCACAACCAAACCAUUAGUUUCAGUAUUUACAAGAUAGAUGUUGGUGGAAGGAAGUUGGUGAAGCUUAAAAACAUAGGCAACCGUUGUCUGUUCUUGGACCGUAACAGUGCAUUCUCUGUCUCUGCCUCUGAUAUCCGUGGAUGUAAGGGUAACCACAUCUACUUCAUAGGUACAUGUUUUCAUGGUCAUACUAUGCAGUCAUUUGGGACUUAUGAUAGGGGAGUGUUCAACUUAGAAGAUAAAACUCUUGAAACUUUCAAUUUCUGCAAUGUUCGUGGUUUAUUUAUGUAUCCACCCAUAUGGUAUCCGCCAUAUAUCCAUGCUGGCGCGGUGGGUUGUGAUUCAGGAUGCUCUAGCACUUCUUAAGAAUGGGAUCCUGAGUUUGUUUUUCCAUUGCCAUAUCUAGUUUGGUGGGAGAUUUGAUCUUUUUGGAAGGAUUUUGGAGUUACCGUGAUGUUGAGCAUAGAUGGAACAUAUUUAUAUUGUAUUUCCUAAUUAUACUUCUGGUAAACCUAUUUUGGAUUUGUCAUAGUUCUGUGAAGCUUUCUUCUCUUUUGCUGUAUACUCUCAUCUUUCAGUUACAUUAUAGUGGAACUUUCUAUCCAUGUA